UGGGCUGCGGUCCGGAGCUGAAGAGCGAGCGGCGGGCGGCUCCGGAGGGAACGGCGGGAGUUCGGCGGCGGCCCGGGCGCUCGGUCCCUCAGGGCCCAGCGUUGCCCGCGAGGCGGCCGUCGGCGGGCGGGCGAUGGCGGCGCGGGGGGCGCGGCGGCGCGCGCUGCGGCUGCUCUUGGUGGUGCAGCUGCUGGCCGGGGCGGCGCGGGGCGCUCGGGGAGGACUGCCUGAACUGUCCUCCGCUGCAAAACACGAAGACAGUUUGUUUAAGGAUUUGUUUGAAGACUAUGAAAGGUGGGUUCGUCCUGUGGAACGCCUGAGUGACAAAAUAAAAAUCAAGUUUGGCCUUGCAAUAUCUCAGUUGGUGGAUGUGGAUGAGAAAAACCAGCUAAUGACAACAAACGUCUGGUUGAAACAGGGAUGGGUAGACGCAAAGCUAAGAUGGAACCCUGAUGAGUACGGAGGAAUAAAGAUUAUUCGUGUCCCUUCAGACUCUCUGUGGACCCCAGACAUCGUUUUGUUUGACAAUGCAGAUGGACGUUUUGAAGGGGCCACUACGAAAACAGUUGUCAGGUACGAUGGCUCCGUCACCUGGACACAACCAGCAAACUACAAAAGUUCUUGUACUAUAGAUGUUACAUUUUUCCCAUUUGAUCUCCAAAAUUGUUCCAUGAAAUUCGGCUCUUGGACAUAUGAUGGAACCCAGGUUGAUAUAAUCCUAGAGGACCAGGAUGUGGACAGAACAGACUUUUUUGACAAUGGAGAAUGGGAAAUUGUGAGCGCGAUGGGGAGCAAAGGGAACAGAACGGACAGCUGCUGCUGGUACCCUCACGUCACGUACUCCUUUGUGAUUAAGCGGCUGCCUCUCUUCUAUACCUUAUUUCUUAUUAUUCCGUGCAUCGGGCUCUCGUUUCUGACUGUGGUUGUCUUCUACCUGCCUUCAAAUGAGGGCGAGAAGAUCAGCCUGUGCACUUCAGUGCUUGUCUCUCUCACUGUCUUCCUUCUGGUUAUUGAAGAGAUCAUACCCUCAUCUUCCAAAGUCAUACCUCUGAUUGGAGAGUAUCUGGUGUUCACCAUGAUUUUCGUGACACUGUCCAUUAUGGUGACUGUCUUUGCCAUCAACAUCCACCAUCGCUCUUCCUCAACACACAAUGCAAUGGCGCCAUGGGUCCGUAGGAUCUUUCUUCACAAGCUUCCCAAACUGCUCUGCAUGAGGAGUCAUGCAGACAGGUACUUCACACAGAGAAAAGAAACCGAGAGCGGCAGGGGACCUAAGUCUAGGAACACUUUGGAGGCUGCGCUGGAUUGUGUCCGCUACAUCACGAGGCACGUCAUGAAGGAGAAUGAUGUCCGUGAGGUUGUUGAAGAUUGGAAAUUCAUAGCCCAAGUUCUUGAUCGGAUGUUUCUGUGGACCUUUCUUCUGGUUUCAGUCAUUGGGACUCUAGGACUUUUUGUUCCUGUUAUUUAUAAAUGGGCCAAUAUAAUAGUCCCAGUUCACAUUGGAAAUACAAUUAAGUGAAACAAGAAGCCACACUAUGAAUUUAGUUGUCAUGCAUCUCUUAGGGCACGUAUACAAUUAUGGAAAUUUGAAAUUAUUUACAAUUUGAUAUAGGCUGUAACAGAUUAGUGAUUUCUAACAUUGACUUGAUAUUGCCCAUUAGAGCUUAAGUCAUAGUUGCAAGUGGUAAGAAAACAUUACCCGUCUGCACUAGCGGAGGCCUAGCGUCUGCAUCCUGGCAAAUCCUGCUAACUUACAAUCAAUGAUGAAGUUCAUCUUUGGAGUGCUAGAAAAUGCAACUAUAUCUGAAGACUGUUUAAAACUUUUUCCAAAUUUAGUAAAAGCAUAUCUUUGUGUGGUUUUGAAUUUUUAGAAUGGGUCUAGUUAAAUUGCCUACACUGGCCCCAAACUGCCUGAGUAGCCAGGACUACAAGGUGUGCAAAGAAACACUGCCCCCGAGUCCCAGGUGGAAAACGACUGAGUAUGCUCUGUGAUGCCCAGCUAAUAUAUAUACUUUAAAAUUCCCCCUGUCCUGUAUUCACAGAUGUAUAAUACAUUAUACUUCUAUAUGAAGAAGGCCAGUUACUUGGUUUAAUAAUAACUUAAUGUCAGUUAGUGUUCUAUGGCUGUGAAGAGACACAAUGACCAUGGCAACUCUUAUAAAGGACAUUUAAUUGGGACUGGCUUAUAGGUUCAGAGGUUUAGUCCUUUAUCAUCAUGGUGGGAAGCAUGGCAG